CUCAGUAAUUGGAUGAAAUACUCCCACUUCUCCCUCUCUCCUCCCCUUUCACUCUGGUCUCCGUUGAGUUUCAUGCUGCUUGGUGCACACCAGUGGGAAAACCUUCAUGCACAAACUUCCAGUGUGGAUCUCAGGCUCAGCUAUGCAGUAAGAGCCCAGGAUUAGCCCGAGCUGAGCACCAGUGCAAGGACUGGGCUUUUGGCCAUUUACCCAGAACGUGGCUUAAACAACCAGAAGCCUAUUCCCUGUGUUUGUCUUUUCCACCCUAAGUCUCCUCCUCACUCCCUUCUCAUUCUUCCCCCCCUCUGUUUUUCACCUCUUUUCUUCCCUUCCCUUCUUUUCUUUGACUAUGACUCUUUUAUCAGAAGAUCAGUCUGUGCGGCCUCAGCCCUGCCGGGUCCCAGAGCCCGGCAAACACAUCAGCAGCUCUUUGCACCGGUACUCAACAGACUGCCCGGGCUCCAAAGAGGACUACAUGGACAGUGUAGAGUCUGCUGUGUUUGGAGCCGUGGAGCCUCCCAGGCGUUCACGGGGACGCCUCAUCCUCCACGGCCUGGUCAUGUUCGGAAGGGAAUUCUGCUACGCCGUGGAGGCGGCUUUCGUCACGCCGGUGCUGCUCAGCGUGGGCCUGCCCCGGAGCCUGUACAGCCUGGUGUGGCUCAUCAGCCCCAUCCUGGGUUUUCUGCUGCAGCCCAUCAUCGGCUCGGCCAGUGAUCACUGUCGGUCAGCGUGGGGCCGGCGGAGGCCUUACAUCCUGGCCCUGGGUGUGCUCAUGCUGCUGGGAAUGACCAUGUUCCUCAACGGGGAUGCUGUGAUCUCAGCACUCGUCAGUGACAGGUCAUUGAGGAGGAUAUGGGCCAUUGUGCUGGUGAUGAUCGGGGUGGUGCUGUUCGACUUUGCUGCAGACUUCAUCGACGGACCCAUCAAGGCGUAUUUGUUUGACGUAUGUUCACAUAACGACAAGGAAAGAGGCCUGCACUACCACGCUCUGCUCACUGGACUUGGUGGAGCUUGUGGCUACUUGGUGGGUGCCAUGGACUGGGGUCACUCGUUGCUGGGUCAGCUGCUGGGCUCUGAGUACCAGGUCAUCUACUUCUUCUCAGCGCUCACCUGGGGUAUCUUCCUCACCGUACACCUCUUCAGUAUUCCAGAAACACCGCUGGUCAAAGACACAUCCUGCACUGAUUCUGCACCUCCCAGCGCCCUCCGGCUACUGGGCUCCAACAGUAACGGUUAUGGGACUCUGGGGAAGGAAUCCACCGCCCCGGGGGUCUCAUCAUCAGUUUCAGAUCUUAGGCCGAGGUCUUUCUCUGCCCUGGGGGAAGCAAACUCAGUAACCUCCAGUGCAAAGCAGCCAAAUAAGGAGGCCCAGAAAAGGAUGACGUUCAGGUCGCUGAUGAAAGCUAUCAUCAACAUGCCAAACCACUACCGCUACCUUUGUGUCAGUCAUCUGCUGGGGUGGACAGCUUUCCUCUGCAACAUGCUCUUCUUCACCGAUUUUAUGGGACAGAUUGUUUACAAAGGAAAUCCAUACGCAGACCACAACUCGACGGCCUACGCCACAUAUGAGAGGGGAGUGGAAGUGGGCUGCUGGGGGCUGUGCAUCAACGCUGUGUCCUCUGCUCUGUACUCAUACGUGCAGCGCUUCCUGCUCCCCUACAUCGGAUUAAAGGGUUUAUACUUCGUGGGCUACUUUGUGUUCGGCCUCGGCACCAGCCUCAUCGGCCUCUUUCCCAACAUUAUUGCCACUCUCAUCCUCUGCAGCGUGUUCGGUGUCAUGUCCAGCACUUUGUACACAAUCCCUUUCAACCUGAUUGCAGAGUAUCAGCGGGAAGAGGAGGAGCUCCUGAAACUACGUGGAGGCAAACACAGCCCUCGGGGCACCGGGGUGGACUGUGCGGCGCUCACCUGCAUGGUCCAGCUGGCUCAGAUUAUCGUGGGGGCGGGGCUCGGCGCUCUGGUCAACAUGGCGGGAAGUGUCAUCGUGGUGGUCCUGUCAGCUUCAACCAUGUCCCUGCUCGGCUGCAUCUUCAUCGCUGUCUUCAUCAGAUAUGUUGAAUGAUUGCUUCUGUAAAAGUGUUUGGAUGUUAUUGUUUUAAUAAAUAAAGAUUCUUUAUUCUAUC